CCUGACGAGUGAACUGGCCCAUGUUGCAGCAGUCGUUCCUGGAAUUGACACGGAUCAUCAUGGGCCUGGGCCUAUGUCGACUUGGUUGACGUGCAACAAAAGUCAGGCCUCCAUCUGCCCAAACAGAUAAUCAGUGCACGCUGCGAAAUAAAUGAUCGAAAUCACCGUGAGAGGAACGCCCACGCUGCAGUUGAAGGCACUUAACGCCCCAUGCUUCACACGUGUACCUGGAAGAACGGAGCAUGUGUCCUUGUCCGGUGUCACGUUUCGAUGCGCGCUGUUUUUGGGGCGCUUUUAGAACGUUCGGCCGCGGGGCUUUGCAAGGGCGGCCAUGGCUCGUGUGGGCGUUGCAAACUAUAGCCACUCCACUGCAACACCAGUGCUGCAAGACAAGUACUGGAGAGAAGGUCUCGAGCGGGCCCAGCGGGACCAUGCCUUCAGCGUGCUCAACGAGCCCUUUCCGAAGGCCAGCUACGCCUACAUCAACACCACCUCCAAUGACUUUCUGGGCCGGACAUGGCAGGUGUUACACCAUACCACCAGCACCGCGGCUGGGAAGUGCAGCUUCCAUAACAAUGUGGCCAAGCCCAUGUCGACAGUGGUCAAGGCGAAUAGUGCGAGCAUGUCCCUCGAACCACGGCCGAAGAGUGGUGCCCAAGGGCAGAUGACUACUCCGCAGUGGCUGGUGGAGCCGGGGUACCCCGAGCCAGCGCGUAGCACGCGUAGCCGAGCCAGUUCAAGGGGGCGUAGUUCAACUGCAGUAGCAGCACAGGGUGUGCUGCAGAACCAGAUGUCUGCACCAACACUGCGCUUGGAGGACGACGCGAGGUCGGUCCGCUCCGGUGCCUCGAGCCGGCGCUCGUUCCGCAGCCAGGUGCAAUGAGAGUGACCAGUGAUGCCUCAGAGUUGACCUACCUUUGCGCAGUUCAACUAAGCGAGUUGAUGUGCUUCAACUUGCUGGACGUUCUGGAGAAAGACCUGCAAGACAUGCAAGAAGUUGUAAAGGCAACAAGGCCGUU